AUGGAGUCCUGUUGGAAAGCUCUCCUCCUGGUCAUCCUGAGUGCUUCAUGCCAGGGGUUCCACUGGGUAUCUGACAGGAACUUCAUUUCAGCUGCUGGACCUCUAACCAGGGAUGUGAAACGCACCCUAAGCAAUCCCCUGGGCAACCAGGGCUCUGAUUCUACAGCUGGGGACAAGGACAUUUACGUAUGCCACCAACCACUGCCUGCUUUUCUGCCAGGGUACUUCAGCAGCCUUCAUGCCAGUAAGAUAACCCAUUACAAAGUAUUUCUGCCAUGGGCACAGCUUCUCCCAACAGGCAGCUCCAAGAGCCCCGAGAAGAACACGGUGCGCUGCUACCGGCAACUCCUGGAGGUUCUCAAGGCUGCCCAGCUUCAGCCCAUGGUUGUCCUGCAUCACCAGAUGCCACCCCCCAGCACGGUCCAGACAGCAGAGGCCUUCUCUGACCUAUUCGCUGAGUACGCCACCUUCGCCUUCCACACCUUUGGGGACCUCGUUGGGACCUGGUUCACCUUCAGUGACCUGCAGGAAGUGACCCUGGGUCUUCCCCACCAGGCCUCCAAAGCAUCCCAUCUUCAGACCCUCACUGAUGCCCACAGGAAAGCCUUUGACAUUUACCACAAGCAUUAUGCUUCGCAGGGUGGAAAGCUGUCUGUGGUCCUGAGAGCUGAAGAUGUCGCCGAGCUCCUGCUAGACCCAUUCACAUCUGCACUUGCCAAGGACUCGACUGACUUCCUCUCACUUGAUUUGUCCUAUGACUGUCAAGAAGUGGCAGAUCUACCACAGAAGCUGAGUGAGCUACAGAACAUUGAGCCACAAGUGACAGUUUUCAUCUUUACCCUAGAACUUCAGGACUGCCUCUCCACCAGGGAGAGCCUCACCACACUGUUCUUUGGCCUUCUUGAAGCCAUAAAUAAAGACAAAAUACUCCUCAUUGGUUUUGAUAUCAGUGCAUUCCUGAGCUGCUCACCAAGUUCGGCAGAGGGCACAUCUUGUUCUUUGGCUGACAGCCUGGCCCUUCUGACUGACCAGGAGCAGCAUGGGAAGACAGCCGCAGCCUCAGCCCUGAAUGGCUCAGCCUAUCAGAGAGUGUGGGAGGCCUUUGCGAACCAGUCCAAGGCUGAAAGGGACGUCUUCCUGCAAGAUACAUUUCCUGAAGGCUUCCUCUGGGGUGUCUCCACAGGAGCCUUUAAUGUGGAAGGGGGCUGGGCUGAGGGCAAGAGGGGACCAAGUAUCUGGGACCAGUAUGGGCACCUGUAUGACACCAAGGGCCAAGCAACACCAGAGGUGGCCAGUGACAGUUACUACAAGCCAGCCUCUGACGUGGCCUUGCUUCGCGGCCUCCGGGCUGGGGUAUACAAAUUCUCCAUCUCCUGGUCCCGUAUCUUCCCCACUGGGCUUGAGAGCAGCCCCAACCUCCACGGUGUUGCCUACUAUAACACGCUCAUCAACAACCUGCUGGACUCAAACAUCCAGCCCAUGGUCACACUGUUCCACUGGGACCUGCCUCAGGCUCUGCAGGACCAGGGCGGGUGGCAGAACGAGGCUGUGGUGGAUGCCUUUCUACACUAUGCAGCCUUCUGCUUCUCCACAUUUGGGGACCGUGUAAAACUGUGGGUAACCUUCCAUGAGCCAUGGGUCAUCAGCUAUGCAGGCUAUGGCACUGGUCAGCACGCACCAGGCAUCUCUGACCCAGGAGUGGCCUCUUUUAAGGUGGCUCAUUUGAUCCUCAAGGCUCAUGCCAGAGCUUGGCACCACUACGACAGUCACCAUCGCUCACAGCAGCAGGGGCACGUAGGCAUCGUGCUCAACUCAGACUGGGCGGAACCCCUGGCCCCAGAGAGUCCCGAAGACCUCAUGGCCUCGGAGCGCUACUUGCACUUUAUGCUCGGCUGGUUUGCGCAUCCCAUCUUUGUGGAUGGAGACUACCCUGCCACUCUGAAGGCCCGAAUCCAACAGAUCAACCAACAGUGUGGUGCCCUGGUGGCCCAGCUCCCCGAGUUCACCAAGGCAGAGAGGCAGCUCCUGAAAGGCUCAGCGGACUUCCUGGGCCUUUCACACUACACCUCCCGCCUUGUGGGCACGGCUGCUCAGCACCCCUGUGUGCCCAGCUAUGACCACAUUGGAGGCUUCUCCCAGCAUGUGGACCCCACCUGGCCCCAAACAGCCUCUCCUUGGAUCCGUGUGGUUCCCUGGGGCAUAAGGAGGCUGCUGAGGUUUGUAUCCAUGGAAUAUACCAAAGGAAGAGUUCCCAUCUACCUGGCUGGACAUGGCAUGCCCAUCGGGGAAAGCGAGGAUGACCUUGAGGACUCCUUAAGAGUGGAUUACUUCAGCCAGUACAUCAGCGAGGUGCUCAAGGCCAUCAAGGAAGACUCGGUGGACGUCCGUUCUUACAUUGUCCGCUCCCUCAUGGACGGCUUCGAAGGUCCCUCCGGUUUCAGGCAGCGGUUCGGGCUGCACCGCGUCCGCUUCGAGGACGGCGGCAGGCCCCGCACGCCCAGGCGGUCCGCGCUCUUCUUCAGCCGCGUCGUCGCCGACAACGGCCUUCUUCCCAGGGCGGAGAAGACCCCUGCGCCCCCCAGGACAGCGGCCGUCCGCCCCACAGCCCGCGCGCUCGCCCCGCGCUCCGAGGUCCCCUCCAAAGCCAGCGUGGUGUGGGCGCGGUUCUCCGCGCAGCCGCGGUUCGAGCGCGACCUGGUCCUCGCGGGCUCCUUCCGCGAGGGCUUCCUGUGGGGCGUGUCCUCCUCCGCCUACCAGGUGGAAGGCGGCUGGGACGCCGACGGCAAAGGGCCCAGCAUCUGGGACAACUUCACGCACAGCGCGGGCAGCGCCGUGAAGGACAAUUCCACUGGAGACGUAGCGUGCGACAGCUAUCACCAGCUGGAGGCGGACCUGAACAUCCUCCGCGCCCUGAAGGUGAACGCCUACCGCUUCUCUAUCGCCUGGUCUCGGAUUUUCCCAACAGGGAGAAACACGUCCAUCAACUACCGCGGGGUUGACUACUAUAACAGGCUCAUUGAUGGCUUGGUGGCAAACAACAUCUUUCCCAUGGUAACCUUGUUUCACUGGGACCUGCCCCAGGCCCUCCAGGAUAUCGGAGGUUGGGAGAACCCUUUCUUGAUUGAGUUGUUUGACAGCUACGCGGACUUUUGUUUCCAGACCUUUGGGGACAGAGUCAAGUUCUGGAUGACCUUUAAUGAGCCCACAUACCAGGCAUGGUUGGGUUAUGGCUUAGGUACGUUUCCCCCAAAUGUGCAGGACCCAGGCUGGGCACCUUACAGGAUUGGCCAUGCAGUCAUCAAAGCCCAUGCCCGGGUCUACCACACUUACAAUGAGAAAUACAGGCAGAAGCAGAACGGGGUCAUCUCUCUGAGCCUCAGCACACACUGGGCAGAGCCCAAGGCCCCAGGGGUCCUGAGGGAUGUUGAAGCUGCUGACCGAAUGCUGCAGUUCUCCCUGGGCUGGUUUGCCCACCCCAUCUUUAAAAAUGGUGACUAUCCAGAUGCCAUGAAAUGGAAAGUGGGGAACAGGAGUGAACUCCAGCACUUAGCCACCUCACGCCUGCCCAGCUUCACUGAGGAGGAGAAGGCUUACAUCAGGGCCACAGCGGAUGUCUUCUGUCUCAAUACCUACUCAUCCCGAAUAGUGCAGCACAAGACACCUCGGCUAAACCCACCCUCCUAUGACGAUGACCAGGAGAUAACCUUAGAGGUGGACUCGUCCUGGAUUUCCACACCAACGCAUAGGGCUGUGGCCUGGGGGAUCCGGAGACUGCUGAACUGGAUCAAGGAGGAGUAUGGUGCCAUCCCCAUUUAUGUCACUGAAAACGGCAUAGGGCUGGAGGAUUCCAACCUGGAAGAUACCGACAGGGUAUUUUACCACAAAACCUAUAUCAAUGAAGCUCUGAAAGCCUACAGGCUUGAUGGUGUAGACCUUCGAGGGUAUUCUGCCUGGUCACUGAUGGACAACUUCGAGUGGCUGUCUGGGUAUACCAUCAAGUAUGGCCUGUACCAUGUUGACUUCAAUCAUGUGAACAGGCCUCGCACAGCCAGAGCUUCAGCCAGGUACUACACAGAGGUCAUCACCAACAACGGCAUGCCACUGCCUAAAGAGGACGAAUUCUUGUAUGGACAGUUUCCCGCAGGCUUUAUCUGGAGUGCAGCUUCUGCUGCAUAUCAGGUUGAAGGCGCAUGGAGAGAAGACGGCAAAGGACUUAGUAUCUGGGACACCUUUGCCCACACGCCACUGAGGGUUGGGAAUGAUGACACUGGAGAUGUGGCCUGCGAUAGUUAUCACAAGAUCACCGAGGAUGUGGCAGCCCUGCAGAACUUAGCCGUGUCCCACUAUCGCUUUUCCAUCUCUUGGCCUCGUGUCCUCCCCGAUGGAACCACCAAGCACAUCAGUGAAGCAGGCUUGAGCUACUACGUGCGGUUGGUGGACGCGCUGCUGGCUUCCCGCAUCACACCCCAGGUGACAAUGUACCACUGGGACCUGCCCCAGGCACUCCAGGACAUUGGCGGAUGGGAGAAUGAGACCAUUGUGCAGCGCUUCACAGAGUACGCAGAAGUGCUCUUCCAGAGGCUGGGGGACAAGGUCAAGUUCUGGAUCACAAUCAAUGAGCCCUUUAUCAUUGCCGCCCAUGGUUACGGCUCUGGGGUGUCAGCUCCAGGAAUCUCCUUUAGGCCUGGCAGUGCACCCUACACUGCUGGCCACAACCUAAUAAAGGCUCAUGCCAAGGCCUGGCAUCUCUAUAACGACAAGUACCGUGCCAGUCAGGGAGGUGUGAUUUCCAUCACCAUCAACAGUGACUGGGCAGAGCCCAGGGACCCCACCAACCAGGAGGACGUGGAGGCGGCCAGGAGAUACGUGCAGUUUAUGGGAGGCUGGUUUGCACAUCCUAUAUUCAAGAAUGGAGAUUACCCUGAAGUGAUGAAGACUCGAAUCCAUGACAGGAGCCUGGCUGCAGGCCUCAGCAAGUCUCGGCUUCCUGAGUUUACAGAGGACGAGAAGCGAAGCAUCAGCGGCACCUAUGACUUCUUUGGGUUCAAUCAUUACACCACGGUCCUGGCCUACAACCUCAACUACCCCCCCAUCAUCUCCUCCUUCGAUGCAGACAGGGGCGUCGCCUCCAUUGCAGACCGCUCCUGGCCGACCUCUGGCUCCUUCUGGCUGAAGAUGACACCUUUUGGCUUUAGGAGGAUUUUGAACUGGCUGAAGGAAGAGUACAACAAUCCUACAAUUUAUGUCACAGAGAACGGAGUGUCCAGGAGAGGGGACCCAGAGCUCAAUGACACUGACAGGAUCUACUAUCUCCGCAGUUACAUCAAUGAGGCCCUCAAAGCUGUGCAGGAAGAUAAGGUGGACCUGCGCGGAUACACAGUAUGGAGUGUAAUGGACAACUUCGAAUGGGCCACAGGCUAUGCAGAGAGGUUUGGUGUGCAUUUCGUGAACCGCAGUGACCCCUCUCUGCCAAGGAUCCCCAAAGCAUCGGCCAAAUUCUACGCCUCGGUGGUCCGGUGCAAUGGCUUUCCUGACCCAGCACAAGGACCUCACCCUUGUCUCCAGCAACCUGAAGAUGCUAAACCCACCACCAGCCCUGACAGACAGGAGGAGGUGCCCUUCCUGGGGCUGAUGCUGGGCACCACAGAGGCACAGAUGGCACUGUACAUCCUCUUCUCCCUCGUGUUGCUGGGAGCCUGUGGCCUGGCACUUCUGUUGUACAAGUACUGCAGGCUCUCCAAGCAAGGGGGCUCACAACCAACCCAACAGGAACUGAGCCCCAUUUCUUCCUUCUGA